AUGGCUGACAUCAAACCACCGUUUACCGAGGAGUCGGCGAGAAAGAAGGUCAAAGCAGCACAGAAUUUGUGGAAUACCCAAGACCCAGUACGUGUCGCUCAAGCCUAUACACCAGAUUGUGUUUGGCGCAAUCGUACUUCAUUUUUCUCCGGGACGGAUAAUAUCACCUCUUUCUUAACUGCAAAAUGGAAGCGUGAAGCAAAUUACAGGCUUCGAAAGGAGCUGUUUUCAUUCACUGACGACCGUAUUGCGGUGCAGUUCUGGUAUGAAUAUCAAGAUGUUGAAGAUGGGAUGCGCUGGAAGCGCUGCUACGGCCUCGAGGACUGGACCUUUGACGGAGAAACAGGAAAGAUGAAGAAAAGGAUGAUGAGUGGCAAUGACCUGGUAUUAGGAACUAAUGGGAACGGGGAAGGGAGGUGGUUUGUCGAUGAUGUUGAUGUUGAAGAUGUGGUGAUUAGUGAGGAACAUUGGUGA